CUCCCCCAUAUCGCGACGGCCAAUUGCCCAAUGGGACCACCAGAAUCCACGUGAGAAAGAAUGAACUGCUGCUCUAUCAAUUGCCCUUCCGUCGUCCGCCCUGCUCACCAAAGAUGCGUGUCACUCUCUGGCUGCCCUGCAUCGUCACACACGUCUGGACGGUGAAUGCCAACGUCGAGAAGACCAUCUUCCUCGCCCCCGGCCCUGCCGCGCUCCCAAAUGUUCCCCCGGCUCUGGAUGACCUUCGUCUAGACACGCUCGAGCCUGCCUACAGCCCUGUGCUGGAGACGAAGCUUGCUGUCCAGUUCCCCGCUGCCGCUCCCCCCCGCGGUCUGGAGUCCUGGUACCUUCUGCGCGGCCUGGACGAAGGCCGCCGGUACGAAGUCCGUAUCUGCUGGCCUGCUACUCAACCCACAGACUUCUGGCUGGACACAUAUCCAAUCACCCACGUGUUUAAUACCCCAGAACUUCUCUCUUCCCUUGCCACUUACACCCAACAGCGCCAGGAGCUUGGUCUGGAGACCACAGGCGUUCUGAAGGAGCAUCUGCCCUCCCAAUCUCAGUCUGCACUCUUUUUACGAAUCCAGGCAGCGGCCUCGUUCUACUCCUCAAACCGCACUUUGAUGGAACAUCCCCCGGCCGUGGAUGCAGAUAUUAUCCUUGACCCCUACAUCCUGAACAUUUUCCCACGUUCCCUGGGUCCGGUCGCCAUAUAUAUCGGCGUGGUCGCGGUUGCAGCCUGGUUCCUCUCAGGAUAUAUCUACCGCUGUCUCCUCUCCAUCGCUGCAGAACCUUCGCCAAGACCACAUACAGAUUGA